AUGAGGGGAUUAGCCCCCCUCCCUGUAACGUGUCACGUGACCCACUUCGUCAAACUUCGGACUGGGAUCCACCUUAAUUAAACAUAAGCUGUACAAAUAUUUAUUGCCGACAAAAAAAUGACGAUGAGAGUACCGUUUUGUCUUUUCGUCAUUUGCUUGUGUCUCCUCUCAGUGAACGCUGUCCCCAGAGGCCCAAUCAAAAUGAAAAAUCCCAGAAAUGGUCGGGUCUUUUUCGUUUCACGUGCUGGAAACAAACAAGAUGGGACGCCCCUUUACAGGGCGUACGAUUGGCUCUCCAGGGUGAGGUUGCUUGCGAAAGCGUCUAUUGGUCACUUCAAUGAGAUUCUUCUCCGUCUUAGACCAUCGAGACCGGGAGUAAAUGGUCAGUCAGACAAUGGCUCCAACAUCUCACCCAAUAGUGGCUCGCCUAGUGCUGUUGUGGGAAAACCAAAAACGCCGCAAACAAAACCAGCACUACCGCCGCAACCAGAACGAAACCCGCAUACGAGACCAGCACAGCUGCCGCAAACAAAACCAAAUCCACAAACGAGACCAGCUCUACCGCCGCAAACAAAACCAAAACCGCAAACGAGACCAGCACAACCGCCGCAAACGAAACCAGAAGCGACGCAAACAAAACCCGAACAACAGACACAAACGAGACCAGCUCUACCGCCACAAACAAAACCAGAAGCGCCGCAAACGAAACCCGAACAACAACCACAAACAAGACCAGCUCUACCGCCACAAACGAAACCAGAAGUGCCACAAACAAAACCUGUACAACAACCACAAACGAGACCAGCAAAACCGCCGCAAACGAAACCAGAAGCACCACAAACAAAACCCAAACAACAACCACAAACAAUACCAGCAAAACCGCCGCAAACGAAACCAGAAGCGCCGCAAACAAAACCCGAACAACAACCACAAACGAGACCAGCAAAACCGCCGCAAACGAAACCAGAAGCACCACAAACAAAACCCAAACAACAACCACAAACAAUACCAGCAAAACCGCCGCAAACGAAACCAGAAGCGCCGCAAACAAAACCCGAACAACAACCACAAACGAGACCAGCUCUACCGCCACGAACAAAACCAGCGAUACCACCGAAAACAAAACCAGAACAACCCCCAAACAAACCAGAGAGAUCUAGACCUGCCUUGGCACGGAAAAAAAAUUAAACAAGCAAAACAACCGCCGAAUGACCGCUUGUACAACCACAUUCAAGACCAGUUUAACUAUUAUAAUAGAAUAGACAAUAUAAACUGGCGGUUCUGGCUUGCUUCCUGAUCCUAUUCUUAUACCAAAUCAAGUAACGGUUCAUUUUGAAAAAAAAAAAACCCUUUAAUUCCUUACACCCACAUACAAAUAUAGCGAUGGACAACCACCAAUAUACUGGACUUAAAGCAAAGGCCAUCGUGAAUGCCAUCCAAAACCAUCUGUGCGCUUGCUCCUCUGGAUCUGUUCAAAAUGUUAUAUCGCUAUAUAUCUAACUUUGAUAUGAAACAUUGUAACCUGUAAUAAUAAUUAUAUACACCUAUAUAUACUCAGUCGCUCUAGCAUUUAAGUGUUUAUUACUGUAUUUUGUUCUAGCAAUAUUCAGGCACUUAGCAACGGGCCAUUAGUCCUACCAGCGGAAAUCCCCAACAAAUUGCGGAAUGAUAAUACUGUAAACCAACUUUUACUCGUAAGCAAGAAAAUUUCACGAGCCUCGUCGUUGCAAAUAUUUCUCGCAAUAUACUGUGGUUUCAUUAAUAUUCAAGGGUAUCGGUUUUCGUGGAUAUAGUGAAAAUCACAGUUUCAAGGAUACGUAAAUUCGUGGCAAAUGACCUCAUCAAUACAAAAUGUUAACAGAAAUUACAUUUCAAAGAACAUUUAAUUUCAUGGAUCAACUUAAAAUCGAAGUCCAUGAAAAUUGGUAUUCAACGAAUAUUGAUGAAAACACCUGUAUUUUAGUCAAAUUACAGCAGGUAAAGAUUAAAACCUUAAUAGGAAAUUACAGGUAUUAUGUUCCCUUAAUAUACAUGUAUUUAGAAAUAACCAGAAUUUGGUUUCUGUUUUGUUUUGCCACGGAGAGCUUCAUUUAAAGAGCAUAUCAUGAUUUUGGUCGAAAAUUAUUCUUCCGAUUUUAAUGUUUGCAAUGCUUCAGAAAGGCAUUUUUGAAAGGCAACCGAAAUUUCAGUGUCAUUUGUUGAGUUAUAAGCGAGUUAGGGCGCUUGCAAUUUUUUGCUAUGUAAACAAAACUUUUGUUUACAUUUUGAAUGUUGAAGUGAAAAUUCCAGUUUUAAACCCAAAAUAAAUGUGGUAAACAAUAGA